AUGAAAAUCAUUUUAAAUUUAGUUUAUAAAGGUAGUCUCUUUAGUAAAAAUCUUGCACCUAUAUUAACACAGUUAAAAUUUUCGCAUAAUAAGCCGCACUGGGGUAGCAAUAAACUUCAUCGAAAAAUUAAAAUUCGCUCUCCACUACACGAUAUAAUAAUGGCUGAUCCAAAAAUAGAAGAAAUUCUGGCUCCUCUGCGCUCUAGCGUCAAAGAACAAGGUGAUCUGGUAAGACAAUUAAAACAAGAGAAAGCACCGGAGAUUGACAUAAAGAAAGCCGUUGCCGAGUUAAAGGCUAGAAAGAAAAUCUUAGAAGACAAAGAACUAAGUCUAACACCCGCUGAAGAACUAUUUGAUCGGGCUAAAAUGGAGGAUCUUAUAAAGCGUCGAUUUUUCUACGACCAGUCAUUUGCUAUUUAUGGUGGGAUUACCGGUCAAUUUGAUUUCGGUCCAAUGGGCUGUGCUCUUAAAAGUAACAUGAUACAGUUAUGGAGGAAGUUCUUUAUAUUGCAGGAACAAAUGUUAGAAGUAGACUGUUCUAUCUUAACACCUGAACCUGUAUUAAAAGCAUCAGGGCAUGUAGAAAGGUUUGCUGAUCUCAUGACUAAAGAUGUCAAAACUGGUGAAUGUUUCCGAUUGGAUCAUCUCAUUAAAGCCCAUUUGGAAAAAAUAAAGAGUGAAAAGAAUGCAAAACCUGAAUUGAAAGCAGAAAUAGAGGAUAUUCUUAUUAAGCUUGAUGGAAUGAAUGCUGAUGAAAUGUCAGCCUUGAUGAAGAGAUUUGAUAUGAAGUCACCUGUUAGUGGCAAUGAAUUGACUCCACCUAUCGAAUUCAAUCUUAUGUUUAACACUCAAAUAGGACCCUCUGGCUUAGUAAAGGGUUUCCUGAGACCUGAAACAGCUCAAGGCAUUUUUGUAAACUUUAAACGUCUUUUAGAAUUUAAUCAAGGCAGAUUACCAUUUGCUGCUGCACAGAUUGGCAACUCCUUCAGAAAUGAAAUCUCACCAAGGUCUGGUCUUCUACGAGUAAGAGAAUUCACAAUGUGUGAAAUUGAACAUUUCUGUGACUCAAAAGAUCACCCUAAGUUUGAAUCCGUUAAAGACAUACAAAUGUUAUUAUACUCAGCAGAUAGUCAAGAACAAGGGAAGCCCGCACAAAUCAUGAGUAUUGGAGAUGCAGUGUCCCAGGGCAUUGUCAAUAAUGAGAGCUUGGGUUACUUCAUGGCAAGAAUUAAUUUAUAUAUGUUAGCUAUUGGUAUUGAUCCAAAGAAACUAAGGUUCAGACAACACAUGGGCAAUGAAAUGGCUCAUUAUGCUUGUGACUGCUGGGAUGCAGAAUGUUUGACCAGUUAUGGCUGGGUGGAAUGUGUAGGCUGUGCAGACAGAUCGGCUUAUGACUUAACUCAACACUCUAAAGCUACCGGCAUAAGAUUAGCUGCUGAGAAAAAACUACCAGCUCCCAAGCAAGUUGAAGUUGUAGAAGCCGUUGCUAAUAAAGCUGCAAUAGGAAAGGAAUUUAAAAAAGAUGCUAAAGUAAUAAAUGAAGCCUUAGCCUCUUUGGAUACUGCAGCUCUUGAAGAGUUACAGAGUAAAAUGGAAACUGAUGGAGAGUACAUCCUUGCUACUUCAGCUGGUGAGUUUAAACUAAACCCCAACCUGGUGAGUGUAAGGAAGAGUCAGAAGACUAUUCAUGUUGAAGAAAUUAUACCAAGUGUGAUAGAACCAUCCUUUGGUAUUGGAAGAAUUCUUUACAGUGUUCUAGAACACAACUUCAAGAUGAGGGAAGGCGAUGAGCAAAGGACAUACUUCUCGCUACCAGCUUCAGUGGCCCCAAUGAAGUGUGCCGUUCUACCCCUGAGUGGUAAUUCUGAAUUCACCCCAUUUGUUAGAGAAUUAUCUCAGGAUCUUACAUCGGUAGAUGUGUCUCAUAAAGUUGAUGACUCAUCUGGUUCUAUUGGUAGAAGAUACGCCAGAACUGAUGAGUUGGGUGUACCCUAUGCAAUUACUGUCGACUUUGACACUAUGAAAGAACCUCACACUGUUACAUUAAGAGAAAGAGAUAGCAUGGGACAAGUUCGCCUACCAUUAGCUAAUGUAUCACUUAUUGUGAGAGAUCUUGCCAACAAUAAAAUUUCAUGGUCAGAUGUUGAAGAAAAAUAUCCUAAAUUUGAACAACAAGAAAACGCCAAAGGCGCUGCUGCGUGA